AUGCAGUCGACGCGCGGGCGGAGCGUCAUCGCUGCGCCAGAUGGGACGGAUCGCUUUCUUGUCGGCGGAGGAGCAGAACUCAGGCUGUACGAGGCUCAGACAACCCGCACCGCGACCGGCCAGCGUUCUCAACGCUUCACCACCUCGAGCGUCGUCUCCGAACUCGCAGGCUUGCGUGCCUUCGCAUGGGCUCCACGGAAACAUGCGGCGCCUCCGCUUGUCGCAGCGGGUCUGACGACUGGGAGGGUGUUGUUGCUACGGAUGGACGAGGGAGACGGUCGAGGAGGAGGAAAGGCGAUGCCGUCUGUGCAGAUUAACGUCCGGCACUCCCGGCCGUGCAACAUCGUCACUUUCUGCCCCGACCAGCCAGGCCUACUCGCCGUCGGACUCGAGAAGGGUCGCGGCGAGUCGCUUCUCGUCUACGACGUCCAGCGCAGCUUCGACUCUUCCGCCAACCACGAUCCCUCUUCCUCCUCCGCCUCCCGCAACUUCUCCCUUCACCGCGAGACGUCCGCCUCGGGUCGCAGCAGGAACCAGUCCCCCGCUCGCCUCUCAAGCUUGCCCUCCCCUUCACCUUCUCCCUCUCCCCACGACCCACUCCCGCUCGUCUCGUUCGGUUCGUCCGAAGUAAUCACCUCCGCGGCCUUCCUUGCCUCGCCCGCCGGCCCCUCCGCAUCCGACACCUCUCCCCUCCUCGCCGCCGCAAUGGCCAACAAGUGGCUGCGAGUAUACGACCUCCGUUCCCCUCCUUCAACAGUCACGACCUGGUCGACGCGCUCAAUCUGGGGCAUCCAAUCCAACCCUUUCAACAGCCAGCAGCUGACUUCCUACGGCGACGACGGGAUAGUCCGACUCUGGGACCUCCGGAAACCGAUGGACCCGCUCCUCUCCUUCUCCGAAGUCGACGCAGGCUCGAACCCCGCUCAGAAACAACGCGCGAAUGUCGUGCCGAGACCCUUGGCGGAGACGGCUUGGUCUAGUGAGAAGAGGGGCGUGUUUGCGAUGCUGGAGAGGGACGGGUCGGCGCUGAGAGUGUGGAAUCUUGUGGAUGGGCCGGGGCCGAGGUUGGUCAGUGCGGCGGGAGGAGUGGGCGCGCCUCUCAGGGCGGGAGGCGCGAGUGGCGCGAUGACGGGCGAGAUGGACGCGGGAGUUGACGAGAAGGACGUCCUGAGGAUGCCGAUCGUCUUGGACGACCGGAAGACCCGCUCAUUCCAGCAGACGCCCACGUCUUUCGCUUUCGCGAGCAGCGGCGACUCCGCCGAGCUGCGCUUCGUCGGCCUCUCGCGCGACUCGGCGAACCCAGGCUCGUCCGGCCAGCGGCUCGAGAUCAUCGACCUACCACCGGCUUCUCACUCAGCCUUCCUCGAGCGGAGCAUCCUAGUCUCGUCCUCGCCCGACAAGCAUUCGACCUACUCGAUCCCGGUCGGUUCCUCGACGCUCGACGACUCCGACCCGCUCGACUCGCUCGCCGCCGCCCAUCGCCGUCUCUCCAUCUCCCCCGCGACUCCGGCGCUCCAAAUCUCCGUCGACCCGCUCAUCCGCAGCCCACAAACAACCGACCGCGGCCGCACCCUCUCACUCGCAGGCUUACUCCCGCCCCAGACAGACCGGAACCUCACUCCCCGUCCAUCAAACAUGCUCAUGCGACGGAUCUCGAGCGGUGGAGUAGUGCAACUUGUGGCGCCGAAUGCGGCGGAUGAGAUGGGACUCAGAAGUUUGAGCACCGAUAUGUCGGUUGUGGUGAGGGAACGGGUAGAGGCGGGGUAUGGGUCUGACCCGCUCGUGAAUGCUGGACUGAGCGAUGCGGGUGUCAAGGAGUUCUGGCUGUGGGUCACACGCGCCCAGGCGCUCUCGAGCGAGGCAUGCGUCCCGGAUUACGACUUUCGUUUCCGCGGCGUCCUUCGUAUCCUCCUCGGUUUCCCCUCCGGCAUGACGCACCCCAACGCUUCUGCGUCACCCACCUCCUCCACUCACUCUUCUCCUGGCACUUCCCCUCGCGCCGCGACUCCCCGCUCGAUCUACACCGACAUAACCCGCUCCCUCCGGCGCGGUGACGAAGCCCAAUCCAAACACGCCGCCUACGCCGCAGGCUGCGCGCAACUGGUCGCCAAGCGCAAACUGAAGGACGUCUUUGCGAUCAGCUCGUCGCAGUUUGCGGCGCAGAGGAAGAUCGCGUUGUCGUGCUGUGGUGCGGAGUGGGAGGAGGGCUGGGAGGCGGUUUGUGCGAAGUUGGCGAAGGCUGGGGAUCAUGAGGGUGCUGCGAGGCAUGCAUUCUUUUCGGGACAGCUGGAGAAGUCGAUGGGCUACUUGCGCCUCUGCAAGGACGAGAACCUCCGCAUGCUCGCGCCCAUCGUCGCCGCCUACCUCGCGCAGAAAGACUCCCUCCGCGGCUCCGAAUCCAACUACGCCUCCCUGUGCCGCUCGCUCUCCUCGGACGUCGAGACGCCCUGGGUUAGGGCGAUGUUUGCGUACUUGGCGACGAGCGAUUGGAGGGAGUUGGUGGAUGAGACGGGGUUGGCGUUGAGGGAUCGGGUGGCGGUGGCUUUGCGCUUCUUGUCUGACAGCGAGCUCAUCCCCUUCCUGCAAGACAUCGGCGACGAAGCGCUCUCCUCAAGUGACCUCGAAGCCGUCGUCCUCUUCGGCCUGCGAAACGACGGUCUCAAGCUCCUCUCCUCCUACGUCGACCGCACCGCCGACGUCCAGACCGUAGCCCUCGCAUGCUCCUUCACCUCCCCCGGCAUGAUCCGCGCCGACAUGCGCGUCACGCGGUGGGUCGAGACCUACCGCUCGCAGCUGGACAAACUCCAGCUCUAUGCAGCGCGGGCGAUGUUCGAUGCUGCGCGAGGCCGACGAGCGCGCGCGGCGCUCGAACAGGCUCGUGCGGCGGGUCGACAAGCCGAGGCGAAGGAGCUUGUGGCGGCGAUGCGCAAGACGGCUCCGCCGCAGAUCUUGCUUCGGUGCCAGUUCUGCUCGACCAACAUCUCGCCGCCGAAAGGGGUGUUCUUGCCUGGCGAGCAGCGGGAAGGUCGGAAGGGUGAUGGACCGCGUGGGCACAAGGCCUCGCUCUGUCCGUCCUGCUCGAAGCAGCUUCCGGCCUGCUCUGUCUGCCUCACCCGCCCUUCAGUCAGCGCCUUCGAAGCAGAUGGCCCCGCAACGCUCUCCUGGUGCAUCCGCUGCCGGCACGGCGGACACGCUUCUCACCUCCUCGCCUGGUUCGAGACCUCGCGAGUCUGCGCGGUCGCUGGAUGCGACUGCGAGUGCAGCAGUCGGCAGUGA